AUGGCAGACUACGACGCUCACGAGAAGCGAUCCGCCUCGCGCACGCGCAACUCCCGUCCGACAACACCUAUGCGCCCGACCACGCCUCUGCGCCCUUCUUCGCGAUCCUCCUUUCGCGAGUCCGCCAGAGAUAGUGUCCACGGCGGCGGCGAAUCAUUUCCCCUCAACACCUUUGAGCCCGCCUUUGCCGAGCUCUCGGACGCCAUGGCCGACCUUGAGGCCAAUAUGAUGCACUUCCAGCUGAUGCACGAGAGUUUGGCGCGCUUCAGCGAGUCUUUUGCGAGCUUCAUGUACGGUCUGAACAUGAAUGCCUUUUGCGUCGAUUUUCAAGAGGGCCCUGUUCCCGAGUCCUUCAAAAGGGCGAAGCUACAAGAAGAGAUGAACGCAGCCGCAGGAUCAGGCAUUCCUCGCGCGUUUGAAAAGCCUAGCAAUGAUUUUGACGGCGAGACGACUUUUAUGACCACCGACGUUUCAUUCGUUGAAAACCCACCCGCCUCCUCCAAGCCAACCCCGAAAUACAAGACUCCCGGCACAGCUACUAGAGGUUCCCGUGUGCCGGCACCUUCUACACGAGGAGGCACAACGCGUGGUCGCGCGGGAGGCCGCGGAGGCUCCGAGACAACGAGAGGUCGGGGUACCGGGAUCGUCAGACCGCGCGGCCGUGGCAUCCGGUGA